AUGGAUAAAUCAAAAACAGGCUUGUUUGCCUUGGGUUUUUAUACUGGUGCUACAUUGUUUAUUAUAUUAGCCUUUGCCAGCCCAUUUUGGUUAGUAACGGAUGGAAAGCUUAAAAAUCCAAAGUUUAUAAAAAUUGGUUUGUGGGAAGUGUGCUUCAACGGUUUUGAAGAAGUACAUCAUUGGUAUGACACUGUUUUCAAAGGCUGCUGGUGGAUUUUUGAAGAGGAAUAUUAUAUUAUACAUGACAUUCUGUUACCUGGAUUCUUUAUAGCAACACAAUUCUUUUUUACUAUUACAACAUGUUGUGUUCUGGCUUCAAUGUUUAUGGCUUACCUUUAUAUGAAGAAAGAUAAAGAUGAUGAAAAUUAUGUGACCCUGUUAAUCACUUUGGGAACAGUGCUUGUGAUUGGAGGUUUUUCAGGACUCAUAUCAGUAAUUAUAUUUGGAGCUAGAGGAGAUGGUCGUGAUUGGAUGCCCAAUUGGGAGCAUAAUGAUUUAGGUUGGGCUUUUGCUCUGGGUGUGAUUGGAGUAAUCUUUUUAUUUCCUGCUGGUAUUCUAUUUUUAAUAGAAGCUCGCGUUCAGAAAUAUAAGAGGCUACAUGAAAUGCAAAGCAGAGAACCAUCAUCUCACACAAUGCAUGAGAGGAAAAUUGGAUUCUCUGGUCAUACGGAUAUCUGA